AUAGCAAUAAAAAAUACCGCAUUGUGAUUGUCAAAAUCAUCUGUUUUUUUCUCGGGUGCUAUCGAGUAUCGACCCGUAUAUUCGAAUCUACUUAUAAUCCUGCAUUUUUAUUAUAUUCUAUUAUUACAAACAAUACGAAUGGCAGUGUUUACGAGUAAAGUAGCUUUUCAACGCAAUAUUGUGCGAUAUAUUUCCACUUUCUUACGACUGAACAGCGAUAAAAUUCCAAAAAAUGUGAUAGCGGAUCUCUCUACAUCUCAAUAUCAACAACCAAAUGGUGUGAUUUACGAUAAAAAACCUUUUAAAAUGGAUCUUAAAGAAGGUAAACGUUAUUCUUGGUGCUUGUGUGGUAGGUCAAAAUCACAGCCACUAUGUGAUGGUACUCAUAAACUCGAGCAGUAUAAAAUCACUUUGAGACCAGUGCGGUUCCAAGUAGAGAAAACGGGCACCUAUUGGUUAUGCAACUGCAAGCAUACAAAAAAUCGCCCUUUCUGCGAUGGAACACAUAAAAAUGAAGAGAUCCAAAAAAUUUCAGGGAAGUGAAAUCACUUUUUGCUAGUAGUGAUGUUAGUUAUUGGAGUUUACACGGCAGUAAAUUCAGGCAAUAGCAAAAGUGCCUCUUUUCGUUUGAAUUGUCGCAAGAUGUGCUUCACUAGCAUAUUAUGAAAUGAGAUAAGGAGCCAAGCAUAAUAAUAACCAAGUUAUUAAGUGAAGUGGUAAUGACCGAAGAAAGUCUUUAAUUUGCAGUUAUCCGGCUUUCAAGGUCCAUUGUAAUCGUAGUCACACAAAUUGUUAGCUAUUAUUUGAAUAUAGUACUCGUGUUUCUAAAA